AUGAGGGCCUGCAUAGUAUUUAUUUGCCUACUGGCUGUGGCAUCCCCUUUCUCAGUAGAAAAUAAUCAUCAUGGAAAACACAGGACUCCCCACAAGGCCAAAGAAAAGGAAAUGGUGAAUGAGGAGGCAAACAAGGCACCGGUCUUACCCACUUUAGUGACUGCUGAAGCCAGCGACCAGACGCAGGAAGAAGGGGAGGCAAGCGCAGAAGACAAUAUUAACAUUGAGAAAAAGACUGUGGACGGUAAAAGUGAGGCGGUCCUGUUGAGCGAGAAGGAACUUGAGGACCUUCUCAAGAAAGAAGUAGCAGAAGAGGAAGAAUCAGAAAAACAAAAGACGAAUGAAGAAGCCGACGAUAGUGUAGAAGAAGAGGAGAUCAAACAUACAGAAAAGCCGGAGAAAUUGUUAAUGAAGCAAGAUGAGCGAGUCAAAAACGAGAGUGUGGAUGUUGGUGAAAUGCUGUUAAAAGAAACCAAAGAUUCAGAAGUGGAGAUGAAAACCAAGAAAAAUGAGGACGAAUCUGUUGAAGAAGAAAAUAUUGCUUUGUCGGAAGAAUCUGAAGGUAGCACUGAGUCAAAAAUGCUGUCAAAAUUUGACUAUGCUAGUGAUAGCGCAAUUGUGCCACCUCUACAGAUAAUUCCAAAGUCUGUUUCUACAUUAGAUAUCAAAGACGAUAAAUUUGAUAGCUUAGUCAUCGAUGGCGUUGGUAUGCAAAACUCAGAAGGAUCAGAACCCCAAAGAGCAUCAGGUCAGGGUCAAAUUCAAGAUAGCGAGGCCAAAGACUCAGAAAUGCAGCGGGUGGGCAAGGAUGAGAAUGGAGAUGGAAAGACAAGAAGACCAAAAAAGAACCAAAGAACACGGAAGCAUUCACCACAAAGGGAGGAAAAACAUGAUGAAAGGGAAGAGAGCCAAGAGGCGUCUCCGGAGAUGGAUGGAGGACACAAUAACAGCACAGUGCAGAAGGCCAAGCGGAGAAGAGCAGGACAAUGGGGCCCAUUAGUAGGCGUGAACCCAGUGCAGAUAAGGGCCAAAGUGGAUCUCUACCCGAUUGCCAGACCCUCUCCUCCCCAGGAAGCUCCCCCUGAUCCAUGUGACAACUUUCGCUGCAAACGUGGAAAAAUAUGCAAACUUGAUGAUGGUAACAAGCCAAAUUGUGUAUGCCAGGAGCCAUCAGAAUGUCCUCCUAGCCUGAACGAAUUUGAUCAUGUUUGCGGGACAGACAACAAGACGUACAACACAUCAUGUGAACUCUUUGCCACUAAAUGCAAACUGGAAGGAACCAAGUGGGGACACAAACUUCACCUGGACUACACAGGACCUUGCAAAUUGAUACCUCCAUGUGAGGACACUGAGCUGGUCCAGUUCCCACUGCGAAUGAGGGAUUGGCUGAAAAAUGUGCUGCUGCAGCUUUAUGAACACGACUCCUUGUCCCCCGGCUACCUCACUGCCAAGCAACGAUUCAGAGUAAAGAAAAUCUUUGAGAGCGAGAGACGUCUUCAUGCUGGCAAUCACUCUGCCGAGCUACUGGCUCAAGACUUUGAGAAGAACUACAACAUGUACAUUUACCCAGUGCACUGGCAGUUUGCUCAACUAGACCAGCACCCUUCUGACAGAAUCUUAUCCCACUCAGAGCUGGCCCCGCUCCGGGUCCCUUUGGUACCCAUGGAACACUGCACCUCUCGCUUCUUUCAGGAGUGUGAUGCCGACAAGGAUAAGCAGAUUUCUGUCAUCGAGUGGACUUCCUGUUUUGGCAUCAAAAAUAAUGACAUUGACGUCAACCUUCUCUUCUAA